AUGUUGCGCUCAACUCUCCUUCUCGCCCUCGCGGGUCUGACAAUCGCAACAGACAGCGUCUACUUCAGCACCACCAAAGCAGACAAGAAGGGCCUUCCCCUUCUCUCUGGCUUCACUCCCCGUCCCCAAUUCCUCAGCAUGGCAGCAGGCAGUUGCGAAGGAAGCACGAAACCCUGCGGCAACACUUGCAUCGAAGCCAGUGGCGAGUGCUGUAGCACUAUAUCCGGAACGUACUGCGAAGAUGGCUACCGUUGCCAAUCUACCGGUUGCUGCGAGGACGGAAAGCUUUGCUCUGGUCCACCUACUGGCUGCACAAAGGGCAAGGAAAUGUGUGGCCAGUUUUGUAUCCCUGAGGGCAAGGUCUGCUGUCUCACAGGUUUCUGCGACGAGGGCCAGAAGUGCACUUCAGAUGGGAAGUGUUCAUCCGGAGGCUCAUCUGGUGGAAGCAGUGGUGGUUCCUCAGGUGGCUCUUCAGGUGGUUCUUCGGGAGGUUCUAGUUGCAUGAGCUUCGAAGAGACCUGCGGUGAUGGCUGUAUGCCCAAGGGUAUGGUCUGCUGUGACUCCGGAUACUGUCUCAGUGGCCAGACAUGCACUUCUGAUGGAAAAUGUCGAUCUGGAUCCAGUAGUGGCGGUGGUAGCUCUGGUGGUUCAUCAAGCGGCAGCUGUGCUAGCUACCAAGAAACUUGCGGCGACGCUUGCAUGCCCAAGGGAAUGGUCUGCUGCGGCAAAGGAUACUGCUUGUCAGGACAGACCUGUUCCAGCGAUGGUACUUGCAGAUACGGUUCAAGCGGUGGCGGAAGCAGCGGUGGUUCAAGCGGCGACGAUGACGAUGAUGAUGACAAGGCCACCUUUACUCGAGAAUCUGCCACACGCACUUUCGACUCUCCCUCUUUCACGGCCCCUUCGAUCGAACCCGUCCCUACCAUCGAUGAUACUUUCCCUACAUUUAGCUCUCAACCCAUUCCCACUGGUCCAAGAGCUGGUGGUGACGAUGGAGAUAGCAGUGGUAGCAGCAGCAGCAGCGGUGGUGGUGGUAGCAACGGUGGUUCCAUUGUUCUGCCUAGCAUGUUCAUGGGUGCUAUUGCUCUGAUUCCUCUUCUUCUUUGA